AUGCCGCUUACUGGCGCGGGGAAAACUAGAAGAUACAGAGAAAAAUUAAAAAAUGAACGCCCGGAUGAAUAUGCUGCUCAAUGCAAAAGAAACUUAGAUCGACUGAAAUCGAAAAAAAAAAAAAUUACAGAGAUGUCAUCAGAAGAAGCCGAGUUGCAAAGAAAAAAAUGGCGUGAAGAAAAAAGAAAAAAUUGUGCUAAGAUAAAAAAGAUAAAAAGUAUAACCAAAUGUACAAAUGAGCCAGAAAACCCCAUUGAUGGUUCAGAUUUAAUAACUUUAAACAGAUUCCGGCGAAAGUGUCGAUUUUUACUAAAAAAGUGCCGAUAUCUCCAACAAUGUACAGAUAAACUGAAAACACAAAAAGAAAAAUACAAGAAACGUCUGUAUCGCCUUAAAAUUAAAGAUAUGAAGGAAAUUAAUGACUUGAAUCUAACAAUUACUAAAAUGCGUGCUAGAGAAGAAGUGUUAGAAUCGACAUUGCAAAAAACAUAUCGAGGGAGAAAAGAAACAAGGACACAACACAAAGAGAAAAAGCAGAUAAGGUACCUGAUGGAUACGCUGGUCGAAAGCUACAAAAAAUAUAAAGAUGGCGGUGGGCGAUAUGGCUUAACGUCUUUCUUCAAUCAUAAACCAUUUUAUGUGUUAUCACCUCACCUUAAUGCAAGAGACACAUGUCUUUGCAUCAAACAUAGUAACCUAGAAUUUCUACAUUCUGCUAUAAGACGAUGUGGAGCGCUGAAGAUGGGAAUGAGACAGGUUUUGAGUAACGUAGCUUGUGACACAAAAAGCUAUACUUGUAUGUAUGACAAAUGUGAAUCAUGCAAAGAUAAAAAACUGAAUUUCGAGAGUUCUGAAAACAGUAAAACGGACGAUUCUAAUAUUGUAUCCUGGCUUCGUUGGGAACGUCAAGAUCACACCUAUUCAAAAAAAGAAGGAAUUGAAACCAAAGAAAUUAAAACAAAAAGGACUAAAAAGAUAACUAAAUCAGGGACAUUAGAGGAUCUGAAAAAUUUUUUUAAUGAAGAACUGCAUAAUUUCAAAAAACAUUACUAUAACAUGCAACAACAGCAAAGCCAAUAUCGGAAAGCCAUUUCACAAUUAAAAGACAACGAAGUAGUUUUGGUCUGUGAUUUCUCCGAAAGUUAUGAAGCUAAGUUAGCCAGUGAAAUACAAGCUAUGCACUUCGGGGCGUCAAAACACCAGAUAACUUUGCAUACUGGCAUGGUAUAUUGGCAUAACAAAUCACAAUCAUUUUGUACCCUUGCUGAAAGCCAUGGUAAAAGUGUGGCUGACGGAAUCGGGGGCAGCGUCAAGCGCACUUUGGACAGAAAGGUUUGCCAAGGAGUUGACGUCACUGAUGCCAAGGAUUCCUAUGAUAUUUUGAAACAAUGCCUCAAGGUCACGAAGGUUUUUCUAGUUCCAGACAGUGCCAUAACUGCCAUAACUCAUAUUUUGCCUAGAAAUAUACAACCAUUAAAAGGAACCCUGCAAGUACAUCAAAUUAUGACCCACGAUGAAAAUAUUAUAAAAUUCAGAGAUGUCAGCUGCUUUUGUGAACCUCUUCGAGGACGCUGCGCCUGCUUUCAGCCGCAAAUCCACUCAGUCGUUUCCAAAACUAACAGAGGUGGUGACAGAAUCCAGCGAGUACAAUCUUUGGCAAAACCACCUGAACUAGCACAACCCGAAUGCCAAGUAUUUGAUGACAUUUCAUUACAGCAUGUCAACAAUCAAAUUAAACAUAAAGGAAUCAUAGACUCAUUAGAAGGUGGCUCGCUGGACUCGGCUUUGCCAGAUUUAGUAGGGACAUUUGAUAUUUCAGAUAUGGAAUCUCUGAAAAGUCUUGAUGUUAAUAUAAAUAAUUCAGAAGGACCUGUAGAGCUUAUGGAUAUUAAUGUUAUGCCAAUUAUUUUUGCACCGGUACCCAAGAGCACAGUCAGACAAACACCUGGAAAAGAAAAUAAAACCAUAAAAAAGACUUUUACUAUAUGCCAAAAAUGUAAAGCUUCGGUUGUAGGUCGGAAAGCAAAUCGCAUGUCAUGUAAGAAAAAUUACUGUGAGGAAUGCACCGCCGGUCCUCAAAAAUGGGAUUAUCUUUGUGACAUAUGCUUGGAAGGAGGUAGUCUAGCUGGUAUUAAAAUUCUGAUUUACGAGGAUAACAGAACGUCAACAUGGUAA